UUCAGAUUCACUUUUUAUGAAUAUCUCACUCCUGAAAAAUUCAAACCCUAAUAUUUCUCUCUGUCGAUCCUGUAAUGGCAUAUCUUUCUCGUCUUCGUUUCAGUUCUCAACUUAACCCCCGUCGUUACUUCUCAUCGAUUCUGAAUCCAGAUUCAUCAACUCCACUAACCAGUAAACAAAAAUCAAAAGCCGCUUUAUCACUCCUUAAAUCAGAAAAAGACCCAGAAAAAAUCCUCGAUAUUUGUCGUGCUGCUUCUCUCCAUCCUGAUUACCCUCUCGAUCGAACCGCUUUCGUAGUCGCAAUCUCCAAACUGACUGAUUCAAAAUCAUUUGAAGGAAUCCGUUGCUACUUAGAAGAAUUGAAAGCUCGUCCUGAUCUUAAAAAUGAACGUUUUCAUUGUAAUGCUAUUGUUUAUUAUGGUCGCGCAGGGAUGCUUGAUCAUUCCAUCAUGACAUUUCAAGAGAUGGGCGAUCUUGGUAUCACUGCGACAACAAAAUCUUUGAAUUCUCUACUUUCGGCUUGCAUUGCUUCCAAAAAGUAUGAUGAGGUGAAUCGUAUUUUCCUUGAGUAUCCUGAUAGUUAUAAUUUGAAACCAGAUGUUGAUACUUAUAAUGCUGUGAUUAAAGGUUUUUGUGAGUCUGGUUCUAGUAAUUCUGUUUAUUCAGUGUUAGAUGAAAUGGAGAAAAAAGGGUGUAAGCCGAAUAGUACUACUUUUGGGACUAUAUUUACUGGGAUUUACAAAGAGAAAAAAUUUGAAGAUGUUGAGAAAGUGUUAGAAAUUAUGAAGAAACAUGGUGUGUCUCAGGGUGUUGCUAUUUAUAAUAUUAGGAUUCUUGGUUUAUGUAAAUAUAAGAGCGCUUCUGAAGGGAAAGCUUUGUUUGAAGAAAUGCUGUUAAGAGGUGUAAAACUGAAUGCGGUGUCUUUUCACCAUCUUAUCCAUGGGUUUAGCAAGGAACGUAAAUUCGAGGAAGCAAAGAGGUUGCUUAAUGAUAUGGCAAAGCAUGGUUGUGCCCCUAAUAAUGAUUGUUAUUUUAGCUUAGUUUAUUAUCUAUGCCAAGGAGGUGAUUUCGUAAGCGCAUUAGAGUUCUGUAAGGAGAGUAUGUCUAAAGGAUGGUUUCCAAAUUUCUCGACUAUGAAGAUGCUUGUUAAUGGACUUGUAAGUAGUUCAAAGGUCGAUGAAGCUAAGGAUCUUAUUGGACAAGUAAAGGAGAAAUUCCCAAACAAAGCUGAUCAGUGGAAGGACAUCGAAGAGGGAUUACCGCAGUAAGAAGUAGUACAUUUAUUCGUUGAAAGUUUCGGGAAGCGGCGGAAAUAAGAGCUUUAGAACAAUUUUGGUAUGAAAAUUUACAAUUAACUUUAGUAAAAUGCUUCUUGUAUUUACUUCUUCAAUCAGAGAACACUUGCUCUGCUUUGGCAUGUAUUUUCUUUGAAUUUAUUAAGAAAACGAAGCUUUGCUGCUUUGGAGAUUUUAUGUGAUAGCAUCUUCUUUUUAAUGUAGUAAUGUUUU